GGGGUUGGCGGCCACAGCUAAGUCCGAGGCCAGCAUGCCGCUGCAGAGAAUCGUGCGUGUGUGCCUGGAGCAUCCCACCAGCGUGGUGUGUGUGGCUGGCGUGGAGACCCUCGUGGACAUUUAUGGGUCAGUGCCUGAGGGCACAGAGACGUUCGAGGUUUACGGGACGCCCGGUGUGGACAUCUACAUCUCUCCCGACAUGGAGAGGGGCCGGGAGCGCGCAGACACCAGGCGGUGGCACUUUGACGCGAGUUUGGAGAUCAUUGUGGUCAUGAACUCCCCCAGCAAUGACCUCAACGACAGCCAUGUUCAGAUUUCCUACCACUCCAGCCGUGAGCCUCUGCCCCUGGCCUAUGCGGUGCUCUACCUCACCUGUGUUGACGUCUCUCUGGAUUGUGAUCUGAACUGUGAGGGAAGGCAGGAUGGGAACUUUGUAGACAAGCGGCAGUGGGUCUGGGGGCCCCGUGGGUAUGGUGCCAUCUUGCUGGUGAACUGUGACCGUGAUGAUCUGAGCUGUGGCGUCCAGGACAACGACGACCAGCACGUGCGCUGCCUGCAAGACCUGGAAGAUAUGUCUGUCAUGGUCCUGCGGACGCAGGGCCCAGCUGCCCUCUUUGAUGACCACAAACUUGUCCUCCACACCUCCAGCUACGAUGCCGAACGGGCACAGGUCUUCCACGUCUGCGGUCCUGAGGAUACGUGUGACGCCUAUAGGCACGUGCUGGGCCACGACAAGGUGUCCUAUGAGGUACCCCGCUUCCAUGGAGACGAGGAGCGCUUCUUCGUGGAAGGCCUCUCCUUCCCUGAUGCCGGCUUCACAGGACUCAUCUCCUUCCAUGUGACUCUGCUAGAUGACUCCAAUGAGGCUUUCUCGGCGUCCCCUAUCUUCACUGACACUGUCGUGUUCCGAGUGGCACCCUGGAUCAUGACGCCCAGCACCUUGCUGCCGCUAGAGGUGUAUGUGUGCCGUGUGAGGAACAACACGUGUUUUGUGGAUGCGGUGGCUGAGCUUGCCAGGAAGGCCGGCUGCAAGCUGACCAUCUGCCCACAGGACGAGAACCGCAAUGACCGCUGGAUCCAGGACGAGAUGGAGCUGGGCUACAUUCAGGCGCCACACAAGACCCUCCCGGUGGUCUUUGAUUCCCCAAGGAAUGGGGAACUUCAGGAUUUCCCUUACAAGAGAAUCCUGGGUCCAGAUUUUGGUUACGUGACUCGGGAACCCCGCGACAGGUCUGUGAGUGGCCUGGACUCCUUUGGGAACCUGGAGGUCAGCCCCCCGGUGGUGGCCAAUGGGAAAGAGUACCCCCUGGGGAGGAUCCUCAUUGGGGGCAACCUGCCUGGGUCAAGUGGCCGCAGGGUCACCCAGGUGGUGCGGGACUUCCUCCAUGCCCAGAAGGUGCAGCCCCCCGUGGAGCUCUUUGUGGACUGGCUGGCUGUGGGCCACGUGGAUGAGUUUCUGAGCUUCGUCCCUGCUCCCAAUGGGAAGGGCUUCCGGAUGCUCCUGGCCAGCCCGGGGGCCUGCUUCAAGCUCUUCCAGGAGAAGCGGAAGUGUGGCCACGGGAGGGCCCUACUGUUCCAGGGGGUUGUUGAUAAUGAGCAAGUCAAGACCGUCUCCAUCAACCAGGUGCUCUCCAACGAAGGCCUCAUCAGCUACAAUAAAUUUGUGCAGGUACAGGGGCUGUGGUGUACCUGCGGGCUCCCCAGUUACCCUGUCAUUGCACAGGAAACGGUGAACAUGCUGGUGCUGGGGAAGUACCUGGGCAUCCCGAAGCCCUUCGGUCCCAUCAUCGAUGGCCGCUGCUGCCUGGAGGAGAAGGUGCGGUCCCUGCUGGAGCCGCUGGGCCUGCACUGCACCUUCAUCGACGACUUCACUCCAUACCACAUGCUGCACGGGGAGGUGCACUGCGGCACCAACGUGCGCAGAAAGCCCUUCUCCUUCAAGUGGUGGAACAUGGUGCCCUGAGCCAGCCCCCACCCACCAUCCUGUCCCCCUGGGGUGGGCCUUGGCCCAGGUGGUGGAGAUAGAGACAGUCCCCUGAACAAUAAGCACCAAGAGACCCCCGAAGCUCCAGAUGAAACACUGAGGGUGACUGCCCCUCUUAGAAGCCUUUUCCCUGGAAGUGUGCAUGCCUCACCUGCAACCCAUUUGGUUCUCAGACUUGAAUCUUCUUGGCCUCCCAUAAAAGAAGGACCUCAUUUCUUACAGCCUCUCCUGUGAAUCAACACGACCCAUGGAGUUGUCCCCUCACCACUCUGAAAUCCUCCAUCUGGGGACACAUCCAUAUUGGGGUCUAGAAAUAUCCAUGUGUCUCAUCGCCAUCUUGUCCUAUGCGUCCUAACAGAGGAAGGAUCCAUGAUUCUGCUUUGGUCCAAUUGCUUCCUCUCUGCAGAGGAACAACCCUAAAAUAGGCCACUCCACACAGGACAGGCAGGAGGGAGUCUUCCUCAAGCCCCUACCCCCACCCCAUAAAAAGGGAGUUGUGCAUCCACUUAGAUCAGGGCGGGACCAUCAUCCACCCUGCCAAACUCCUGCUCAGGUGUUGAACCUCACCUAGCAUGAGCUGUCACAUAGUAGGAGCUUCUAGAUGCAUGUGGAAGGAAUGAGAGUUGUCCCUUAGCCUUACAAACUCCCUGUCAUCUGACAUGCAGAAAUCCAGCUUUCUCCAGAAUCGUCCCGGAAUUUCUUGGAGAUGAAAGUAUCUGGGGAAUUGUUGGGUACUGGGAAGAUUGAGUACGAGGGUGAAAAGGAUGUCCCUUAAUACACAUGGUUGCCUGUGGUGAUCCACCUUGUGAAGGUUAACAUUAGGUGUCUGGAGAAGGAUGCUUCAUUGGCCCUGGGACCUCUCUCUGCAGGAGGAGAGACCCCUUCCUCUCCUCUGGAUUGGUCCUAAGCUCUGUGUUGGCCUUGGGUCAGCAUUUUUACUCUGCCGCAGGAGAGGGGCUAAAGAGGCUAGAUCCACCAAGACAGCUCACAGCAGGAAAACUCUGGGAAUGAACCGCUGAAUUCAGAGGAUGGAGGUUGGGGGGUUUGUUAAGCUAUGUGCCAGUUACAUGUGUGUUCUGUAUGGGUCCAGCUGCGUUUUCAUCACUGGCUAAUAAAUCAACAGAAACACAAA